AUGGAGUGUCAAAAGCAUGAUUGUGACUAUCGGAUAGUAUGUUAUCAAUGCACAAAAUUGAUGUGUUUAUCUUGUUUGAUCAUUCAUAAUGAUCAAUAUAGAGAGCACCAAGAUCUUUGUGAUCAUAUAGAUAAAUUCAAAUCAGAUCUAAAUAGUAUCCUGUGUAUUGAUAGAAUAAUUAAUAAUAAUAAUAAUAAUAAUGAUAAUGUUUUAUUUAUCUAUAAAAGAAUAAAAUCUAUAUGGUUAGUGAUAAAAGAAUCAUCACUACAUAUUCAAUCAUUAACAUCUAAAGAAUCAGAGAUAUCACAUGAAUAUUUGAGAAUUUUAGAACACAAAUUAAAGAAAUCAAUCAACAAUGACAUUGACACACACAAUCAACAAGUCAAUCAUUUAAUAAAUGAAUUAAAACAUUUAAUCAAUUUAAAUAAUAGUAAUAAUAGCAUCAUUAAUAAUGAUAGUGAUAAUAAUAUUGAUGAUGUUGAAGAAAUCAAACAAGAUCAUAUAACAACCGAUGAUUAUUCAUUAUCUACAAUUGUUAAAUCUAUCAAUGAGAAUUCAACAUUGUCAUUCAUAGAAAAUAAUAGAUUAAUAUUUAAUCAACAUCAGCAAAAACAUCAACAACGUCAACAACAUCAAAAAGAUCAUACAUCUUUUAUUGUUGAUCAAUAUUAUAAAAGUAAUUCAGAUUUAUGGUUAUUGGAUAGCAUUUAUCAAUAUUCAAAACAAUUCAAUCCACAACAUCAAUUGCAAAUAGUUCAACCAUUCAAUAUAUAUAAGAUAGACUUCAAUGUCGACUUGUUCAGAUCUAUGAUCCAUAGAUCGAUUAGUGUCACAGCACCAUCCUGUCGAAACACUCUCUUCUCUCUACAUAGAUACGGUGCAACAUUGAUUCGUUUCAUAGAUGAAAAUCUCUUUCAUACCGAGGAGAUAGAGCUUCCUCAAGCUAUCGGGCAUAAACUAGACUUGUUUCGACGUACAACCAUGUCAUUGACAUUGAUUAACGAAAGAAUGACAAUUUAA